UUUUUGUGAUCUCUUCAACAUGGCAAUGAAAAUGAAGGGCAUCUACAAAGGCUUCAAAUGUAUCUCUCAAAUAUUUGCCGGGGAGAAAGAGAGUGAUGAAAUAGAAAUUGGGUAUCCAACAAAUGUAAAACAUGUCUCUCAUAUUGGCUGGGAGGGUUCUUCUAGUAGUGGUCCUGGUUGGAUGAGUGAGUUCAAGGUCGGAGCUGAGGUUUUGUCUCCAAGGGCAUCAUCGUUUAGUAAUGCAAGACCUUCUACUUCUUUUUUCACCUCGUCUUCAACCGAUUUUGAUCAAGGGUCGAGUAAACGAACAAUAUCUGAUACACUAAGAGAUGUACCUCCAGUUACUCCAAUAAAUUUACCUAAACAUAGCAACAAGAAAAGUAGUAGAAGAAAGAAGUCAGCUUCAUCAUCAUCAUCUCCAAAAUCUUCAAGAUCAUCUAUUUUUUCUAAAUCUUCGUAUAAAUCAACUGUAUCCCAACUAAUCUAAACAUAUAAGAGUAGGUGCAAGAAAGAAAGAAAAAGUCAAAAGUUUGAUCGCCUUUGUGCAUAAUUGAGGGGGAUUUUUUUGCUGAUUAUUUUUUUUUAUUUUUUCAUAUAUGUAGACAUGUGUUCAAAGUUUGAAUGUUUUAUGUAAAUAAAAAGACUAGGAAAAAAAAAUUGAAAGUAGAGGCAAAACUAUUUAGAGAAAAAAAAUCGAAACUUUGAGACGUUUUUAUCCAAGUCUCGAAGAAGUAUCACACCUUCAUUUUGGAGACAACGUUAAAUAUCUCCAGAAAAUGGGUCAUAUUUUCCAAAAGUGAAUACUAUAUUAUUAUGUAAUGAUACUCAUUUGAACUUUAGAGAUAGUUGACUAUUCAAACAGACUUAUUAUUACAUGCGAAUCGCAUGAUGCGAUAGAUAAAAAAGCUAUAGACCAAAUAAUGUAUGGCGAGAGAGGAGAUCUGGGGACCUUAUGUUAAGCUCUCCUGCCUUGAACUUGUUUCUAGUAUCAAUAGUUCUUAUCCACUGCGGAUAGCGCCCUCAUGAUCUUGAAUUUGAUCUCAUCAGGGGUAAAAUCUAUAAAUAAAACUCUACUUAUCAAUAAAUUAUCUCCCCCGUAUGCUUUAUUUAACUUAAAUACACAAGACGGUUUACUUUUUCAACGAUUUUACUAUCAAAGUCUUACACUUUUUCUCGGUUUUUUUACUUAAUAAGAUAUAUUUAAAAGUUAAUACGCAACAGAUCGAUUUAUCAUUCCUUCUAAUUGUAGAGUUUUGCACCGUUGUCUCAUUGUUUCUUCGGGUUUUUGGGUAUUCGCCGCUGUUUUGUGAUUUUUUUAAUAUUUACUAAUUCUAAUGUUUGACAUAUGUGAUUAUAAGAUUCUAAUGUUUGAUAGAUAUAAAAUUUUAUUAUAAAUAUGGCUUUGAUAAUUUAGGUACUUAUAAAACGGUAUCUCUUGUACAGCAUUAGAUAGAAAUUCUUUCAUGUCUGAGAGAUAUAUAAGGGGAUGGUAGACUCUCUCCUUUCUCUCUCUUAAGAAUCCUUGAGAGAAAAAGUCUGAGUCGUGGUGGUUCCCUCUUGUUUGAUCUUGUCCCGACAUCUGUGGUUCCGUUCCUGUUUGGAGCUACAUGUCUAGUGUUCUGUUCCAGUAUCGCACCUAUCGUGGGGUGGAUGUGCCUUUUGACUCUGGGGCCGUGCCGUUCCUUCUUCGGCGGUGGUCGCCGGCUAUCGUACUUUCGGAAGUGCUCGAGUGAUGUGAUGUUUUCGUUUCGUGUUUGGUGAUGUGAGUUUGGAUGAGCUCUCGAUUCUAAUCGAUGAUGCUCUCCAAAACUCGUUUGUUUGCGUGGUGGCUGCUGAAUCUCCUAAACCUUCAAUACAGUCGUUUUCAAUACAGUCGUUGGAGGUGGUUUUUCGGUGGAUGUGGUCAAGUUCCCGGUUAUUCUCCAGAGGUUAAUUGAUUUGGUUUGUUCAUGCUUGUCGAUGAAGACAGUGGAAGCUCGUGGUCCGGUAAGAUGUUGGUGGUGCGUCGCUGAGAGGUCCCGGCAGAUCAAGCCAAAAGAGACGCUGACGGUUCAACUUUAAGCCACAUGUUUUUCUUUUUGGUGUGUGGGUAACACGUGGGUUUGAAGAGUGGAUCACUAUCUAUUUCUCUUUUGGGCUUGGAAAUAGUUGAAGGCAUGGUUGGUCUUUUGUUUCUGUAUGUUUUUUACAGGCUAGUCUUUGGGCCCUGUAUUUCUGUAGUUUAUAUUAUGCCUCUGAGCCUUUAUAAAAUAUUUUCAGUGAAAAAAAAAAAGGUACUUAUAAAUCGGUGAAGCAUUAGAUCUAUUAAAUUUAUUAUUUUUCAAAAGUUUUCAAGCUAUAUCAUUAAACAUUAAUAUAAGCUGCGAACAAAUCCCCCACUAGUUUCAAUAAAAAAAAAAGGUAAAACAACCAUUUCUUUGGUCAACUUUAUAUCAUUUUAGUAGAGCAUCUCCGGCUUAGAGUUUUUGUUGAAUACUCAGAAAUAAAAUAAUUAAAAUUUGAAAGGUAGAGAAAAACAGAAACUUUUUUUAUUAAUAUUUUUUUUUGAAAUUCUCUACAGAAACUCUUUAGCUAUUUCAACUUGAGAAUAAUUUUAAAACUUAACUAUUUAAUAGAACAUAUUAAAAUAAUAAUAUUUUAUGAUUAAGAUUCUUAAUAUAAGUUUCGCCGUUGAAAAUAUUCUUAGUGAUCAACUAUCUAUACGAUGAAUAUGACGGCAUGAAAAGUCUUAACCACAACUUGAUAAAAAAAAAUUUAAAAUGUAAGUGAGGGAGAACUUUGAAACUAUAAAGACAAAUAAAAUCGAUAUUAGAAAUAGUUUACACAAUUCUUAUAAACAACCAAAAUUUACACCGCUAGCAAAAAAAAAA